CAAAUACCUGGCGUCAGAAUAAACAGUUCCAGUUUACAGGAGGAGUUUUCGUGAAAAAGAACAGUUUUGCCAUUUGGACGCAGUUUAAAAAAUCAUAUUUUAACCAAGUUAUGAAUUUCCACUGAAAAGACAACAGCGUAAUUAUAGAAGAAACAAGUUAGCUAUCAGGAUUAGCUCUUUUUAGCAUAUCCGGCUAACAAACAUUCAGAAAACAUGGCGGUGUCCUUGAGCGGCGCAGGCAGCGUGAGACUCCUGGGUGCUUUAACCAGGGCCGGAUCAUUGUUCAGCUCCUCUGGAAGCAGAAGCCUCCAUGUUACUUCAGUGUGCUGCAAGAAUCGAGCUGCCCGUGUCCGAGUGGGGAAAGGAGACAAACCUUUGACCUACGAGCAAGCACUUCACCCUCAUCACAUUGGUCAUCGCAAGGGAUGGUUGUCGCAGCAUACCAGUAACCUCAAAGGAGAAGAGGGAGCAGCUGAACGUUCUGUAGAGGAUGUGUUCGUAAGGAAGUUCAUGUUCGGGACCUUCCACGGCUGCCUGGCAAAUGAGAUUGUGAUCAAAAGACGCGGCAACUUGCUCGUCGUGUGCGCUUUAAUGCUACAGAAGCUGCCACCGCAGAAGUUCUACUUCUUAAUUGGCUACACAGAGUCACUACUGUCGCACUUUUACAAAUGUCCCGUCAAACUAGAGAUUCAGACCCUGCAGGAGAAAGCUGUGUACAAGUACCUCUGAUGAACCUGCUUUAAAACAAUAUAUAAAUGUACGAUUUUGUUCCCUUCUCCAUUCCUGUUUUCCGUUUCCCCAAGUGACUUUUGUUUUUCAAUUAAACUUUCUAAAUGAAAGAAAAGGGUUUGAGUAUCAUUAAACCUUAUGCUUGAAAUUAUAA